UUCUUGUUUGGGUCUUUGUGUAUCUCUUGAAGAUACGUUCCUGAUUUUACUAGGUUUUGUUGAUUUCUCAAUUGUAUAUGUACACACUCUAACGUUUGUGAAUGGCAAGACCUUUUUCCCGAGAUCGCAACCUGUCAUGGUAUCAGAACCUGACAUUUUUUAAUCUUGUUUUCUUUCGUUCAUGAACACCGAACCCGAAACCGACGGCGUCUCCGCCACGACCCCCACCAACACGAACAUUCCGACGAUGUCUUCUGUCCCGACGACCGCGUUUUCUGGUGUUGCUAGACGCACGAUAUCACCGUUCGAUUUGAGUCCUAGCGAUAACCCUGGUCUUGUUCUCUCGCAACCUUUGUUACGAGGACAUAACUACGACGAGUGGGCUAUUAACAUCCGACAUGCCUUGAAAUCUCGAAAGAAGUUCGGAUUUGUCGAUGGUAAUAUUCCACAACCUGAUCCAGAUUCUCCAGACUAUGACGAUUGGGAAACGAACAAUUCUCUUAUCGUCUCGUGGCUCAAAAACACGCUCGAACCAAAUCUGCGUUCGGACGUUGUUCACCGCGAGUUUGCAAAAGAUCUAUGGGAUUAUCUCAAACGUCGUUUUGGCGUGACGAGUGCUCCUCGCCUCUUGCGUCUUCGAAGUGACCUUGCCAAUUGUCGGCAGCAUGGAAUGUCCGUGGAGUCAUACUUUGGAAAGCUUUCAAAGUUAUGGGAUGAUUUGGCCACUUUGCGUACUUUGAAGGUGUGCAAAUGUGGUCAUUGCUCCUGUAACCUUGCGGCAGAACUGGAAACCCAGCGACAAGAAGACCGGUUGUACGAAUUUCUUCUUGGUCUCGACGAUGCAAAGUUCGGCAUUGUGCGAUCGAAUCUGCUAUCUCGUCUUCCACUUCCGACUGUUGAAGAAGCCUAUCUUGUUGUUGUUCAGGAUGAGGCCGCACGAGAUCCGGUGAUUCGAUCUGUUGAAGCUGCAGACAUCUCGGCGUUUUCAGCUCAGGGCUCCUCGAGAUCUCGUUCCUCUCCACCGGUGAAAGAUAAGUCUGUGAUAUGCUCCAACUGUGGGAGAACGGGUCACGUUGCGGAAGCAUGUUUUCAACUGUUGGGUUACCCUGAAUGGUGGGGAGACCGUCCUCGGAGUCGCUCCGGCCGUGGUCGAGGUCAGUCCUCUGCUGUUCGUGGGCGUGGAACAUGUCGCGUUAAUGUGGCUCAGUCUGUUUCCCCGUCUUCUCUGUCGGCUUCCUCCCCUGCCAUGGUUGAUUCCGACAAACCUUCGAUUAGUGGUCUUAGUAACGAUCAAUGGAAGACUUUGAUUACUCUGCUCAAUGCCGGCAAGAUCGGAGCCAACGAAACAUCUUCUGGACCGACUUACGAAGAUGCUGAUUGGAGCGGGUGAGUUACGGGACGGGCUCUACUAUUUUCGAGGUGUUGAGGUCGUUGCGGCUAUUCGUUCAAAUACCAAGUGUUCUUUUGACGUGUGGCAUCGAAGAUUGGGACAUCCUUCGUCUAAAGUGUUAGAGCAGAUUUCGUGUGUUGAUUUUGAGCAUUCGGAUGAUUCUCCGAUAGUUUGCGAUAUUUGUUUACGGGCCAAACAAACUCGUGCUUCUUUUCCCUUGAGUUCUAAUAAAACGAGCGAU